AUGUCCUCCUGGCUCUCCCGAGUCACAGGUUCGCAGCAGGCGCAGUUAGCAACUACAGCCGUGGUAUCCGGCGCCGUGGUUGCAGGAGCUAUCUUGGGAUAUCAGAAUAUCAAGCGUUAUGAACGAGUUCAGGAUUUGAAGAGGGGGAUUCCUGAGUUAAGAGAGGAUCAUGUUUCUGAAGCGCUCACGGAUUUUGGAGUCGCAUCCUCAGUGCUAAUCAAAGAGCACGAGCGAGCUACGAAAUUAGCAGAGCGUGCUCAAAAGGGUGGUUAUGAUGAUGAUCUUAUCCUCGAACAACUCGCGCGAAACCGCGUAUUCCUCACAGACGAAGGCCUAGCGAAGCUCCGUUCUUCAUUCGUCAUAAUCGUGGGGUGCGGGGGUGUGGGAUCACAUUGCGCUGCGGCGCUGGCGCGUUCGGGCGUCUCUCAUAUCCGACUUAUUGAUUUCGAUCAGGUUACGCUCUCCUCGUUGAAUAGACAUGCUGUGGCUACGCUCGCGGAUGUGGGAACGCCUAAGGUCUCCUGUUUAAAGCGACGGCUACAGCAGAUUACGCCGUGGGUGCAAUUUGAUCUCCGCAAUGAGUUAUUCUGCCUGGAAUCUGCGGAAACGCUGCUUGGGGAUUUGGAUGGCAGACGGCCAGAUUAUAUCGUUGAUGCGAUUGAUAAUAUCGAUAGCAAAGUGGCACUACUUGAGUACUGCUAUAAGAACAAACUCCCCGUCAUCUCUUCCAUGGGCGCGGGCUGUAAAUCAGAUCCAACGCGCAUCUUCGUCGGCGAUAUCUCAGCUAGCACGGAUGACCCGCUCUCGCGCUCAACACGCCGCCGUCUACGCGCUCAGGGAAUCACAUCAGGCAUCCCAGUCGUGUAUUCGACCGAGAAGCCCGGGCCAGGAAAAGCACAGCUUCUACCUCUACCAGAGGAAGAGUUCGCCAAAGGCUCCGUCGGCGAUCUUGGGGUCCUCCCUGAUUUCCGCGUGCGUAUCCUCCCCGUCCUGGGGACUAUGCCGGCUGUCUUUGGAUAUGUGGUGGCGAAUCAUGUUAUUCUGACUAUCACGGGAUAUCCGCAUGAGUAUAUACCAGCGAAGGCAAGGGAUAAAAUGUAUGAUGGAAUUCUAGCUUUAUUGCAGGGCGCAGAGGAGAAAUUGGCGCGUGCUACGACGCCCGGUGAAACCGCACAGGGGCUGAAGCUUGGGAUUUCCGUUGGUGAUGUGGGGUAUAUCGUCGAGGAGGUGUUUAGGGGGAGGAGUGUGGUUAGUGGUGUCCCUACGAGACUUGCUCUAGUGAGGUGGCGGAAACCAGCGCCGGGGAGUACGGUGAAUUUGGGUGUCGAGGGACAGAAGAAUAGUAAGGUUGGGCUUGGGGAUUUGGUUUGUAUGACUAGGGAAGAGGCGGUGGUGCAUGAGAGGGAGGUUGUGAAGGGGGAUAAGAAGCCUGAGGAUAUGUAUAGUAGGGAGGUUUUGGAGCUUGUUGAGAGGAGGAUGGGGGAGGAGAGGGAUUUUGAGAAGUAUAGAUAG